UGCCCCGCCUCCCGCUGGUCCCGCCCCCAGGCGGAGCCGGCGCCUGGAGCGGUAGCGGAGGAGCAGGCGGCUGGACCCCAGCGCGGGAGGUGGCCGGGCGGGAGCCCCAGAGGCCAGGAGCCACCACUGCCACCUCGGGCUGCCGGCCGGGCCCCGGGCACCCUUGCCUGCAAAUGCAGCUCGGCCCCCACAGAGCCAGGCCCGCAGAGCAUUGCCAUGUGGGCCGGUGGUGUGGGCAGCCCUCGCCGAGGCCCGGCCCCUGCGCCCACCGAUGACCUCUUUGCCCGCAAGCUGCGCCAGCCAGCCCGGCCCCCACUGACACCACACACCUUUGAGCCGAGGUCAGCCCGGGGUCCACUCCUGCGCAGCGGCAGCGAUGCUGGUGAGGCCCGGCCGCCCACACCUGCCAGCCCCCGGGCCCGAGCCCACAGCCACGAGGAUGCCAGCCGCCCUGCUGCGGCCCCCACCCGGCUCUUCACCGACCCGCUGGCGCUGCUGGGGCUGCCAGCUGAGGAGCCCGAGCCCAGCUUCCCACCUGUGCUGGAGCCCCGGUGGUUUGCCCACUAUGAUGUGCAGAGCUUGCUCUUCGACUGGAGCCCGAGGUCGCGGGCAGCUGGUGGCCACACCGAGGCCAGCCAUGGAACUACAGUGGCGGCAGCAACAGAGGACCAGGCCGCCAGCUCGGACCUGUUGCUCGCGGCCCCGGGUUUCGUGAGCGAGCUUGGGGGUGAGGGUGAGCUGGGUCUGGGUGGAACAGUGUCGCCACCCACACCCCCUGCACUGCCCAACGCGGCCGUGUCCGUCCUGGAGGAACCGCAGAGCCGGACAUCAGCCUAUAGCCUGGAGCAUGCAGACUUUGGGGCUGGCUACUACCGCAAAUAUUUUUACGGCAAAGAACACCAGAACUUCUUCGGGCUGGAUGAGGUGCUGGGCCCCGUGGCAGUGAGCCUGCGGCGGGAGGAGAAAGAGAGCGGUGGAGGGGGCUCCCUGCACAGCUACCGCAUCAUUGUCCGGACCACAAAGCUCCGGACCCUGCGUGGCACUAUCUCAGAGGACGCACUGCCACCGGGGCCCCCACGGGGCCUCUCCCCCAGGAAGCUGCUGGAGCACGUGGCACCCAGGCUGAGCCCCACCUGCCUGCGCCUGGGCUCCGCAUCACCCAAAGUACCGCGCACACUGCUCACGCUGGACGAGCAAGUGCUGAGUUUCCAGCGCAAAGUGGGCAUCCUGUACUGCCGGGCAGGCCAGGGCUCCGAGGAAGAGAUGUACAACAACCAGGAGGCGGGCGCAGCCUUCACACAGUUCCUCACCUUGCUGGGUGAUGUGGUGCGGCUCAAAGGCUUUGAGAGUUACCGGGCCCAGCUGGACACCAAAACGGACUCCACGGGCACGCACUCCCUAUAUACGACGUACCAGGGCCACGAGAUCAUGUUCCACGUGUCCACAAUGCUGCCAUACACGCCCAACAACCAGCAGCAGCUCCUGCGGAAGCGCCACAUUGGCAACGACAUUGUGACCAUCGUGUUCCAGGAGCCGGGCAGCAAGCCCUUCUGCCCCAGCACCAUCCGUUCACACUUCCAGCAUGUGUUCCUGGUGGUGCGGGCCCAUGAACCCUGCACCCCUCACACCUCAUACAGGGUAGCCGUGAGUCGCACCCAGGAUACCCCUGCCUUCGGGCCUGCCUUACCCCGGGGUGGAGGCCCUUUCGCGGCCAACGCAGAUUUUCGUGCCUUCCUGCUGGCCAAGGCUCUCAAUGGUGAGCAGGCUGCCGGCCAUGCACGACAGUUUCACGCCAUGGCCACGCGCACACGCCAACAGUAUCUGCAGGAUUUGGCCACAAACGAGGUGACCACCACGUCUCUGGACUCAGCGUCGCGCUUCGGCCUGCCCUCCUUGGGCGGAAGGCGCCGUGCCCCUCCCAGGGGCCUGGGCAGCGAGCUGCAAGCAGCAGGCGCGCUGGCUUGGGGAGUGCGCGCGGCGCCAGGUGCACGGGUGGCAGCCGGGGCGGAGGCUGGCAACCCUGACGUGGCAGAGACACCCUGUGUGCUGGGCAUCUCUGCUGAGGCGCUGGUGCUGGUGGCCCCGCGUGAUGGCCGCGUGGUCUUCAACUGUGCCUGCCGGGACGUGCUAGCCUGGACCUUCUCUGAACACCGACUUGACCUGUACCACGGCCGCGGGGAGGCCAUCACGCUACGACUGGACGGUGCUCCUGGGCAGGCAGUGGGCGAGGUCGUGGCGCGCCUGCAGCUGGUGAGUCGAGGUUGUGAGACCCGGGAGCUGGCCCUGCCGCGUGACGGCCAAGGCCGCCUGGGCUUCGAUGUGGACACCGAGGGCUUCAUCACGCACGUGGAACGUUUCACAUUUGCCGAGACGCAGGGACUGAGGCCUGGGGCACGUCUCUUGCGCGUGUGUGGCCAGACACUCCCCAGCCUUGGCCCCGAGGGUGCCGCCCAGCUGCUGCGCUCGGCGCCCAAGGUGUGCCUCACCGUUCUGCCCCCGGACGAGGGAGGCCGGCCCCGCAGGAGCUUUUCGGAACUGUACACGCUGUCCCUGCAGGAGCCCAGCCGGCGAGGGGGCCCAGAGCCUGCCCAGGACGAGGCCCCGGCUGUGGCCCUGCUGUCCAACGUCCUGCAGCCGCUGCGCCUGUGCCUGCAGGACGGGGGCAGCCCCCCAGGGCCCGGGGAGCUGGCCGAGGAGAGGACGGAGUUCCUGCACAGCCAGAACUCGCCAUCAUCCCGCAGCUCCCUGUCUGAUGAGGCUCCUGUCCUGCCCAAUACCACACCAGACCUCCUGCUGGCUACCACCACGGCCAAGUCAUCAGCAUCAGGUGCUGGCCAGGAGACACCCUCUGCCCAGGAGGAGCCAGGCACCUCCAAUGGCCAGGAGGACAAGGGCGACCCGGUCCCCGGGCUGAGCGCCUCCUUCCUGCCGCGCACCUUGUCUCUGAGGAACUCCAUCAGCAAGAUCAUGUCAGAGGCUGGCAGCGACACACUGGAUGAUGAGUGGCAGUCUAUCACCGAGAUCGCCUCGACUUGCAACACCAUUUUGGAGUCUCUGUCCCGGGAGGGACAGCCCAUCCCAGAGAGCGGAGACCCCAAGGGGAAUCCAAAGCCUGAUGCUGAGCCAGAGCCCGGGAGCCUCUCCGAGAAAGUCUGUCACCUGGAGUCCAUGCUCAGGAAACUGCAAGAGGACCUGCAGAAGGAGAAGGCAGAUCGGGCUGCCCUGGAGGAGGAGGUGCGCAGCCUGCGGCACAACAACCGGAGGCUCCAGGCCGAAUCAGAGAGUGCAGCCACCCGCCUGCUUCUGGCCUCCAAGCAGCUGGGCUCCCCGGCCAGCGACCUGGCCUGAAGUUCCUGCAGCACAUUCCUCCCUUGCCC